GCGGCACGGGCACUGAGGUUGUACGGCAAGCAGACAGCCAAUGUAGUCAUGGAGACCGAGCCCCAAGCUGCGGCAGACAUGCUUGCCCUUCUUGCGUGUACGGACCCCAAGUCUUGCCUAGUGGAGUUGGUCAGGCUCAAGGACUUUCUGUCCAAGCCCAGUGCGCCCGGCCAAGGCAAGGUUGCUGCAGAGCUGGUGAUGCAUGCCCCUAUCCUGCUCACCACGCUACUGGGCCAGGAAGCCUAUGAGAACUUGUCCAAGACUAAGGGCCAGGCACGUGUCAAUCUCCUUCAAGCCAUGCUCCACCAUCAGCUUGCUGGAUACAACGGCAAAUGCAAUGAGAAGUUGGGCUGCACGCCCUCAGUGGAGCCCCUGCCUCAAGAUCGACGGCUUUCAUUUGGUGUGGCUGCCUCUUCAAUGGCUCCAACUAUGAUGCGGCCUAGGCCUUUCAGUCCCUCAGCGGCCGCCAGGACAGCUGCCCCGCCCUCAGGCCGUCCAUCGUUGCCUGCCAGCUUCAAGAACGAGGGUGUGACGUACAAGCAGAACAAGCUCGUGCCCUUCAUCUUUGUCAGCACGUGUGGCAGUGUCUCCCGGACAACAUCAGAGGGCAUCAAGGUGCUAGAGGCCAAAAUCCAGGUCGGCACCGGGCACCUUGUUAUCAAGACAAGGCUAGCUGCUGGCAAGAACCCGA